UAAUCCUGAAAUAUAAUGCCAAAAUUUUAUUUGCAGAUUGAUGUUUGGCCCCACCAUUCGAAUAUUAUCUUCAAAUUUUCAUUCAUUUUCUUCUAUGAUUAAGCAGUAUUUCAAUCCUCUAGCUGUAGCUGAGGUUAUCAAGUUAUUAUUUAGUAAACCUUCAUGUUUUUUACCCCAUGCAAAAGUUGAGAACAUAGCUGUCAUUGAUUUCGAUAAACUUAAACACUUUGGGUUUAAACGUGUUUUGUUUGAUAAAGAUAACACUUUAGCAUCUCCUUACCAAAACACGGCUUUUUGCACAGAAAUAAAGCGCUCUGUUGAGUUAUGUUCCCAGGCAUUUGGUAGGGAGAAUGUCUGUAUUUGUUCGAAUACUGCAGGCUCUGAAUACGAUAAGAAAAAAAACUAUGUAGCAGCUAAAGAAUUGGAGCAUAUUUUCAAGGUUUCGGUUGUCCGUCAUAGACAUAAUAAACCAAAUGUUACUUUUCGAGAAGUAGCAAAUUGUUUCAUGAUAAUUGAUACUGCAAAAAAAAUAGAUAUACGCCCUCAGGAGAUUAUUGUAAUUGGAGAUCGAAUCACAGGUGAUGUGAUGUUUGGAAACAAACUUGGAAUGCUAACAAUUCUCACCAAACCUCUAGCCAUACAGAAUGAAAAUUAUUUUAUUAAAAUUUCUAGAUUUCUAGAACAAGGUAUUUUAAACGUAAUAGAAACGUUUGGUAUAACUCCGCCAAAAAACCCUUUUGUUAGCAAUCUCCCAGAGUUUCGUAAUGUCAUCAUAAAAAAACAUGAAUAGAGAUAAUGGCCAUAAAUAUAUU